CAAAGAAACAAAGUGGAGUCUCAAGAUCCUCAACUGAAGCUGAAUAUAGAUCACUGGCCUCCACAACAACUGAAGUUUGCUGGGUUACAUCUCUCCUAAAUGAGCUCGGUAUCAAAUCUCCUACAACGCCGGUAAUAUAUUGUGAUAAUAUUGGUGCAGCCUACUUGGCGGCAAAUCCAGUUUUUCACUCAAAAAUAAAGCAUUUGGCACUUGAUUAUCACUUUGUGUGACAAUACAUUCAAGCAGGAACACUAAGAGUCUCACACGUCUCAUCACAAGAUCAACUUGCCGAUGUCCUUACUAAACCCCUGCCUCGUACUACAUUUGACUCAGUUAUGCCCAAGAUCGGACUCUCAACUGGCCGUCCAUUUUGUGGGGUGUGUAGAAGAUAUAGGAAAGUCAAUAUUAGAAUGCAUAUAAUUAAGCUCUAACGUCUCUUUCUUUGCUGCUAUAUAUUUCCUUUCCUUAAUUUCCUCAGUAUUCGAUGUAUAUAUGUAUACCUAAUGUGAUCAAUAGAAGACGAGCAAUUCCAUAACCUAAUAACUACGUGUUAUAACUUUUUAAAUGUUUUUUAUAUAUUCGGCUCGUAAAGGACUAUGUUACAAGUUCAUACCAAAGUCCAAACCUUUAUUAUUGAUUAAUUUGAUUUUCUAUAUUUAUAGCCAAGAAAAGGUCGAAGGGAAAGGGCAUAGUUGGAACGCACAAAAGUGGGAAGAGAAGCGAAAAAAUAUAUGAGAAGAAAGAAUCACACGUUCCAGCCCUGGAUUCAACUUUUUCCAACCUCAUGGGCUUUUAUUUUAGCAUUUAUCUUCUAUUAGUCUUUUGUUAUUUCCUUCAUUUAUCUGUCCCUACAUAAUAAUAAACAUUUAAUAUUAAAAAGAGUUUUGUCAAAUAUAUUUAAUUUUCCUUCAUCUUCCCUCAGCGUUUACCAACCAAAUAAAAAGAAGGCCAAAGGUGGUAGAUGCAUGAGCCUCAAAUACCACCACAACUCAAAACUCAUUAAACUCUUCUCCUUCUUUUAUUUUGUUUCUCCUCAACAAGUAUAUCCAGAACUAUAUAAGAUCUUCUUCUCACUUACCGCCUUCUUCUUUUCCCUUCAGUUUAAAGGUGGCGGUGGUGGUAGGUUUGGUUUCUCAUUGAGGGUUGACUUCAUUUGGAUAAAAAGUCUUCGGCCAUUAUAAUUCAAUCAAAACACAGAUUCAAUAGCCUAGCAUCCUAUAGAGAAGUGAAAAAAAAAAUUCAAAAGUCAAUAUGGUGAGCUUAAGAAGGCGCAGGCUACUGGGACUUUGUUGUGGACCAAAUGGUUAUGUGACACCGCUUCCUUUUCUAACUGCUGAGGAGAUGAUCACUGGGAUUCCAAAUCCUAAUGGCGUAGCAGCUUAUGGUUCCGGGCCUAAGGAGGAGAAAACGCCUAUUGAAGAAGGGACACGCUCCCAGAGGCAAAGAACUCCUUCAAAAUAUAUUAUGCAUUUCAUGUCUGAUUCCUCAGCUAUUUCACCGGAUGAUUCUGGUUCCAUCUCUCUUAAAAUGGAGCAAGACUUAUGUGAUUCAGACCAGCCGUUGAAACGAAGAAAGCGGCAUAGAAGAAAGCAAGUAAAGAACCAAGAACCAUGUUUGAUGAGAGGAGUCUAUUACAAGAACAUGAAAUGGCAAGCAGCCAUUAAAGUUGAGAAGCGACAGAUCCACUUGGGAACUUUCUCUUCUCAAGAAGAGGCUGCUCGUUUAUACGAUAGGGCUGCUUUCAUGUGUGGAAGGGAACCAAACUUUGAGCUCUCGGAAGAGGAUAAACGAGACCUCAAACAACAAAGCUGGGAAGGGUUUUUGGCUUGCACACGCCGAAAAAUUACCAACAAAAAACCUAAGAGAAGGAUGAAGCCAGAGGAACUCUAAUUAGGGUGGGUGUAGUUGAUGAUGAGAUCAAUGGUAGUUAUGGACCUUAUGGUACGCUGUUUACCUGAAGAAAAAAGAAGAACGAGAUUCCCAAAACGUGACUAUUCUUGCAGACAUCUCUACAAUUUUUUGGCAGGGGGUAAAGAGACUCAAAUACGAAGAAAAUGUUAGAUACAUGAGGCUUAAGAGAUGUAUGAAACAAUUGAUAGGAUUUUUUUUUUCUAUAUUUAUUCAGACAUGAUUUGUGGAGCUUAUACCUCACGGGUAAGUUGCUUAAUAUAUUACAAAAGAUUUAUUAAAUUUGAUUUUUAUUA